AUGACUCGCAACAACCUUUCCGAGCACCUGUCCUGGCUGUUGAACGACCAAGCCCGCUUCAAGCCUGCAACACCAACUUUUCCCAGUUGCAGUGACGCUUCUCAGACCGGCUUGUCCCAAUCGCAACGCUCGGACUCGCAGGGACGACAGACUCUUCAGUCUGGGCCACCGGCUCAGCCAGGGGACGGAACACACACAAACUACGACGCGUCGACUUCAUCCAAUGGACGGGGCGGGCUUGGUGGAUUGCGGAAUACGGACCAGGUGAUACUGGAGGACGACACCAUGGCCCGUCUCAUGUCGAGCUCCAAGUCUAAGAAGCCCAGCUUGGUUUCAAGACCCCAACAGCUUCUUACCCCUUCUUCCAUCACCCCCAAUCGUCUCAGUCGACAAGACACUCCCGUUAGUCGGACCAACAAUGGCGCACAAACUCCAGAAAUAAGCAAGCUAUCUGUCUUGCCACCACUGAAGACGCCCGCCCCGUCCCGACCUCGAUCACGCAGCCCCGACUUUCCAGAGCUCAAGGCCAAUGAGAUCGAGUACAUGGACCUGACCGAUGAUGUCCUUGUCUCCUCCGAUUCACUGUCGUUUGGCAGCGAUGUGAAACUCUGGCGCGAAGAUUAUGCGUCUCGACCCGAGCAAGAACAACCUGUGUCUAGUGGCAGGAAGCGGAAGAGCAACGAGAUAAGCAAGGAAGAAUUCAGCGACUUGGGUGAUUUUCCAGAUGUCUAUGAGCUUCUUGGUACCGACCCUCCUGCCCCAAGCCCCGGAAGCCGAUCAGGGACGCGUCGGAAGGAUGGCUCACGCAGCACUCGCACACGCCGAACCCGUGAUGGAUUCAAGAACCCUUCCUCGGCCGAGAUACCUCCAAUCAGCGAGGAGGACCAGGAGAUACUGUGGUCGCCUUCAAGACGAGUGCGCAGCCAGUUGGCUCGUGAAGGAUCCCCUCAGGUUAUACCAUCCAUCUUCGAGUCUCGACCUGGCACCAAGAGAGCGACGAGUCCCCUGAAAGAUUCCCAGAGCUUUGGGGAUUCCGAACCGGCACGCCAAGCCAAGCCUCUUCCCCCCCGAAUGCAAAUGGACCCAGAUGAACUCGUUAUCCCCGACUCGGAUGAAGAGUUCAUGACGCCACCCUCCCAUAACAGCUCCUUGGCUACACUCAAGGCCUCGACUGUUAAAACAGUGCAGCUCAAGACACAGCCGGCACCGGAACUAGCACCUGCAGUCAAGAUAGACUUCCAAUCAUCUUCACAGCGCCGCACCUCGCCUGAGGCGCAGCCCGUACCAGCAUCUCUCCCUGCAGCCCAUGUAGGCUCUCAGUCGUCCCCCCCGCGUCAGGCCUCACCGGUGACAACUGCUUCCAAAGCAUCCGCACCCGCAGCGACUAGUUCACAGACCACCAGAGGAGCCCCCGACGCUUCUUUCGAUGAAAUUUCUUCCGGCGAGGCCCCUCCCCGAUCGAGCCAAGCUCCUGCUUUUCUUGCCCAGCUGGCAUCAGACUCAUCAACCUUGGCUAAAUGGAGUGAGUUUGUUGAAAAGCUCAUUCAGCAAAAUGACAAGAACUUCAUGCGAGCAAUCAAUGAGCGAUGGCCAAAAGAGAAGCGGAGUGAGGUCAAGUCAGAGAAGGAGCGGCUUAGACGGCAGCAGAAAGCCAUCAAAGAACUUGGGGCCCCCGCGGAGGAGUACAGAGGACUUUGUGGGAAACGAGAAGAGCUUGCUCAGCAGAUUGCUCAAGCUUACGCCGAGGGUAUCGAUACGGAUGAGGAUGAAGUUCGACUUGAUGAUCUCACCGAUGAGAUUCAGGAGGUUGAAGAAGCCCUCCUCAAAACCAUUGAUGGCUCCAGACUGGACGUUGCUGGCUUCCUGGCAAGUGUCCAACAGCCCCCUGCUCCCACACCGGUUGUUGUAAUGGGCACCCAGCCCAUCUUUCAAAGCAGCGUCAACAUGUCAAUGCCGUCGAGGGAUACUAUACCGGCAAGUGAGACAGGGACGCAAGUGGUCCAUCAGACCCAACUACCUAGAUCCUCUCACUGGAACCCUCCAGGCUCGAGAAUCGAGGCGUCUCAAGUGGCGAGUGUUCUUUCUCAGGACGCUGACACUUCCGCUGUCCCGUUCCCGAGACAGCUCACAAACACUUCAAGACCAACCCCGAGAUCCAUGAUGGUGGACCCUAUACUUGCGGAAGCAGAAGAAGCGGAGUUUGGCGCGGAGGAUGGUUUUUCUGACCUGGACGAGUUUCAGUUCCGGCCAGCGGCCAGGCCUACGACUAACUUGGCCAACACUAGCAGUCGAAGAACCCCUCAGGCGAUGCACCACCGCGCUGGCGAUGAAUUCAGUGACUUCAGCGACGACGAGGAGAUGCUUGCCUUUGCACAGGAUUACGAGACCCGUCAGUCCCAUGCUCCCGUCUCGCAAAACGCGAGGAAGAUCUUCUCGGAGACUUCUGGCAAUGUUGUUCCCAACUCAAAGUCCAGAGUUUCGUCAAAGAGACCUUUGCCUUCGGUGGCCCCUGAAUCGAUUCCUGUUGAGCUGAUGAGACACCCAUGGUCACCCGAUGUCCAGCGGAUGCUCAAGGACCGGUUUAGAAUGAAGGGAUUCCGCCACAAUCAGCUCGAGGCUAUUAAUGCCACGCUGGAGGGCAAGGAUGCCUUUGUCCUGAUGCCAACUGGUGGUGGAAAAUCGCUCUGCUACCAGCUCCCGGCUGUUAUCAAGAGUGGAAGGACUCGAGGUGUUACCAUCGUUGUCUCACCUCUGCUCAGCUUGAUGCAAGAUCAGGUGGACCACAUGAAAGCCCUGGGCAUACAGGCUGUCGCAUUCAAUGGCGAGUGCUCAGCCCAGUACAAGAGACAAGUGAUGAGUGCCUUUGAGGAGCGUAGCCCUGAGCACUUCAUCGAGCUCUUGUAUGUUACGCCAGAGAUGGUCAGCAAGAACGUCGCCUUCAACAAUGGCAUGCGAACACUCCAUAGCAAGGGCAAAUUUGCGCGUCUUGUCAUUGAUGAAGCUCACUGUGUCAGUCAGUGGGGUCAUGACUUCCGACCAGACUACAAGACCUUGGGCCAAGUCCGGCAGAGAUAUCCUGGAGUGCCGGUCAUGGCACUCACUGCCACGGCGACGCAGAACGUCAUUGUCGAUAUCAGACACAAUCUUGGGAUGGACAACUGUCAAACGUUUUGCCAGAGCUUCAACCGUCCGAACCUGUACUAUGAGGUUCGUCCAAAGACAACCAAUGACAAGACAAUUGAGGCCAUUGCCUCGUUGGUCCAGUCCAAGUACCCGAAUAAGAGUGGGAUUGUGUAUACCAUUUCGCGGAAGAAUGCAGAGAAGGUUGCAGAGAGUCUUUCGCAGCACGGGGUCGCGGCCAGGCAUUACCACGCACACGUCGACCCUCAGGAAAAGGUCGAGGUGCAGAAUUCCUGGCAACGGGGUGAGAUCAAGAUCGUGGUUGCAACAAUCGCGUUUGGAAUGGGCAUCGACAAGCCUGAUGUGAGGUUUGUCAUGCAUCACGGACUUCCAAAGAGCUUGGAAGGUUACUAUCAGGAGACUGGUCGGGCAGGCAGAGACGGCAAGCCGUCUGACUGCAUUCUUUUCUACGGCAAGCAGGACAUAAGGGUCCUGAAGAGACUGAUCGCUGAUGGCGACGGAAGUCAUGAACAAAAGGAGAGACAGAUGGCCAUGCUGAACCGCGUCACGGCCUUUUGUGACAACAAAUCUGACUGUCGACGUGCCGAGAUUCUUCGGUACUUUGGCGAGGAGUUUACGGCGGCGCAGUGCAACAAGACCUGCGACAACUGCAAGGCUGGCUUGAUCUUUGAGCAGCAGGACUUUUCAGAGUAUGCCAUUGCUGCCAUCAAGGUUGUCCAGGCGCAGAACAGAAUCACCCCGGCACAAUGUGCUGACAUUCUCAUGGGGAAGAAAUACCCCCAGUACGAGGCACAACUAUCAGACAACUGGCAUGGCAUGGCAAAGGGCCUUAAGAAGCACGAGCUGAUCCGAGUCAUCGACAAGCUAUCGGCCGAGAAGGCCUUUUACGAAGACAACCAGGUCGGCAACCAUGGCAUGGCAAUCCAGUAUCUGCGGCUCGGAUCGACGUACCGUCUGUUCCUUUCAGGACAACGGAAGCUGAUGCUGUCGAUCCAAGUACCGGAAGAGGGCGCAUCUAACAAGGCGGCCAAACCCCGGUCAAAGAAGGCCAGCAAGAAGUCAAAGGAUCAGGAUGUCACGAUGCCCUCAACCUACGUGUCUUCUCCUGUCGAUCGACGGAGAAAGAAGUCGCGUGUUGUGGAAAGUGAUGACGAGGAUGAAGAAGCCGCCAUGCCAAACCGAUAUGCAAAUGGUGGAUUCUUGGACGAUGAUGACGACGAUGAGGAAGCCUUUGAUGAGUUGCCAAGCCAUCGGCCAUCGAGACCUCCCUCUCGACAACCUGGGCCUUCGAUAUCAAUGAGAACCGAGCUGGAGGAUUUGGACGAAAUACACCGAGAUAUUGUCGACGGAUUUGUCCAAGAGGCAAAGAAAGCAGAGGAGCAGAUCCGCAACCGGAAAGACCUGAGAAAGCCACUCUUCACCGAGAAGGACUUUCAGCUCAUGGCCAUUCACUGGACCACUUCGUUCCCCAUGAUGAAGAAGAUCCCCGGUAUCGACCCCGACAAAGUCAAGGAGCAUGGGCCCAAGAUCCUCCGCAUCUUGCAACGACACUACAACGGGUACUGCGAGAUUAUGGAUCCUGGCAAGUCUGGUGCCAAUGGCCAGGAGAUUGUGGAUCUGAUCAGCUCCGAAGUCGAGAUGGACGAGGAAGACGAGGACGGCGAGGACUCGCAUUACUUUGGCGCCAACCAACCAGCGGCCGUUCAGGAGUGGCACAGCAGACUCGAGAAUCUCGGCAGCCAGGCUGGCCCGAGCAAGCCCAAGUCGUACAGCAAGAGCGGAGGCGGCAACAAACGAUACUCGGGGGGCAGCAGGAAAUGGGCCAGCAAGAAGUCGACAGGCGGAGUGACGAAGCGCAAGAGCACCGGCACUACUCGCAAGGCCAGCGGGACCUCGACUGCUGCCAAAGCCACCAGCAGCGCGGCAAGGACGGCCAGCAAGCCGCAGCAGCGAAAGAGCGGUAUCAAGGCGAUGCCGGCUUAA